ACGUUAAUUAAUUUGUUUGUCAUUACUCAUGUUAUUUGGGUUUUACAGAUAACAGUACCAGGAAUACAGGUUAAAGAUAGCUGCUUUGUUGUCAAAGUCGAUGAUAUGACAUGUGAAUAACACAGUCAGCAGAGGCAGUUCACACCAGAUGGUAAGCUAGCAUAGCCACCUCGCUACCAUUUGCACCCUACCAGCUACAUAGACUGAAGGUACCUGUUCUGUUCUAUGCCUCUCGAAUGUUAGCCGGACGUUUAACGUCAGCUGUCCGGCAGAUUAAGCCAGAUGACUAUUUCAGUUUACUAAGAAAUCUCGGGGAAAUAAUCCUCAAAUAUAUCUGAAUCUUUUGUUUACGGAUGCCUGAGACUAGAAUUAGGAGGAGAUGGAAUCAAAGAAAGAUAACCAAGAGCCAGACUACACCAAGAUCACAGCAGUGCUGCUGAAAUCAAGGACUGGUGAAUUUGAUGUGGAAUCCAUUCUAUUUCUCAAACUAAAAAGUCUCGGAAUAUGUGAUCUGGGAUGCAUCGGAGAAUGUUUAAACCUUGAGAGGCUUGAUCUCUCUGGAAAUAAUAUCACAAAUUUAGCUCCUCUGGCGUCACUUCGUCUUCUUAUCGUUCUUAAUGUAGCAGCAAAUCGAAUUUCCAAUAUAGAACCCCUCUCCGGCUGUGAAAGUUUACAAAGUCUUAAUGUGGCUGGUAACCUCAUACCCAGUAAUGACAACCUCCUAUGCCUUAAGUCCCUAAAAAAGCUGGAGAGUAUUCGACUGAAAGAUAACACUUAUAAUUACUCCAAUCCAGUCUGCAAAAACCCAUCGUAUCGGAAUAUACUUCUGGAAAUGUUCCCAAACAUCAAAGUGCUUGAUGGCGAAAGAGUGGUUGGACGUGGAAGUGACUUAUAUCAACUAUGCAAAGAUAUUGAUGACACCAUAAAAGCUGGUAUGUAUAAAAAUGGCCAGCUGCCAGAGAUGCCUGACUGCAAGCCGUGGGUCGAAGAUGGCUACUGGGAGAUAAAAAGAUCAAACAACGCUAUAGUGGAAGAGGCCUACAAGCAGUUUAAUGAUGUUCUUCAUGAAUGCAGGCUUCUAAACAACAGAGCAGCUGUUGUAAUCUCCCAGACAGAGAGGACUUUAGCGGAAAAAAAUCAACCAAAGCAGUAUGCUGUUUGAUACAAGAUAUUCGCCUCAUAGAAAACUUUUUAUUUAUUUGUUGAUUUAAUUACUUAUUUACCAUAUGCAGUGUUCCUUGUCAAAUGUCAAAACUCAGCUUUAUGGAGUAGCCAUGUUCAUUUUUGUACCAAUAGGCUUUUCUGAUGAAAAAUAGCGCCUGUGCUACUGUAAUGUCUCAAGUCUUACGUGUUGCCUGUCACAAAAAAGUUAGGUUUGAUGCUGUGUGAACAGAGUGUGAACAGCAAGCCAUGGUGAAGAUCUAAUGAUGUGUUUGUUUAUGUGAACCCUUGGUCAAAGCCAUCUCAGGAUGCUACAAACACCUUUGCACUCACAGCACAAUACUGUACAAAAAUCACAAUGCUUUAAUUAAUGCUGCUAUUUGGAUAAACUGGGAAUUUAUUAAGCAUUUUUAAACCUUCUUUUCUUCAGAAUAUUUUUUAUCAAAGCUAUCCCAUUAUGUACUGCUAUAAGAUCAUUUGGUCAGGCCUCCAUGUUUUGUAUCUGUUGGGGUAUACAUUGAUGGACAAGUGAUUACAUAAUUUGAAUGUUAUAUUUUACUACAUUUCAAAAUAUUGGACACCUUUUCUGAGAUAGAAUUUCCAUUACGUAAAAAAAUACAAACGGCACAAAAUGGGCAGAGAUUUAAAACUACUGUUUUCAUCUGCAUCAUCAGUUUUUUGUAAUGGCAGCUCCCAGGUUUCGGUUGAAUGCUUGCAUUGCAUAGAUGUCUCAUCUUGUAAAGUUAAAAUAAUAAAACCCACAAAGAUUGCAUUAGAAAGUAGAUUGGGAUAUUGAAUAUACCUUUAAGACUAUUGUCACAAUAAAUACAUUGAGACAAUACAGUCUGAUCCAUUUGUGUCAUGAAACUCAUAUGUGUGUACUGCCAUCUUGUGACAGAAAGGACACACAAUAUUUUCAUUACGGUUUUGAGACCAGGUUCUGUCUCAAAUUUACUACAAGUUAAAUCUGGUCUUCAUUGUCUUUUUUAGGCAGAGGUCAUAUGGUAACUUGCAUUACUUUUACCAUUUUUUUUUGUUAGCUACUUAUUUAUCCCUAAAAACCAGGACCAUGAUAUCAUUUGUAGUAAGGAUUAUUCAGAUGAUGAGGCAACUUUGCAAUGAAGAGUGAAAGCUAUUCUGUUUUUAUUAAAUCCUUGUCAGCUGGUCCCAAGCCACUUGCCAUUCCACUUUAAGUUAAAUAAAGUUUUUUUUGUCCCAUAUGGGAUGCUCUUAGUUAAUCUGCUGAUAUACCAGUACGAACAUUCAUCUUAAGUAUGACUUGAUGAAUAAAUAUAUGCAUCUCACUCUUCAGUUCCACAUAUGGCCUUACUUCAACCUGACAAAAAAACACAGCUUUUAAGAAUGUUGGGCUCUUAGCAGCUGAAUUUAUGUCAAGGAUGUGUCCUUCAGGUUCAUUGUUUCCAGUUGUUUUAGUGCAGUUUGGCUUUGGGAUUCAAGUUGGUUUUAAGUUUGCUGUAUUUAGUUGCCCUGAAAACACCCUCGACCAUGUGGUGCUUCUUCCACUCCGACAGGGGCGAAAGCCAACUGGGAUCGUCAAGUUUUGGGUGAGGAACUGUUUGGAUGAGGCAGAGGGGUUGCCAUAUAUUAGAAAGUACUCCACUAUUUGGUGUGAGACACCAAGCAUAAUGUAGGCUACUUCCAUUCAAAUCGGUCAACUUAUUAAUUUCUUGUCAUUUCCAAUUGUUGGUUUCAUUGAUACAUCAUGAUAGCCUACU